CAGUUUGUAGUCUCAGACGUCGAGAAGCCUUCUGAAGUUCGAGAAUCGUUCUUAAGUUCCAUCUCAGCGCAAGAGUUUGUAACUUUUACACGGCACUCAAGAUGUCGGGCUGUGGAAGUGCUGGAUGCCAAUGCGGUAAUCCCUGCCUCUGCAGCAGCGGAUGCAGCUGCGGAUGCAAGCGGUCUGUGGAUGUGACAAUUGACAUCCCCAUGGAGGGCGAUUGCAAGUGUGGAUCGAACUGCGAUUGCUCCAACUGCUCUUGCCACAAGUGAAGACAUAAUGGACUCCUGGUUUGAAGCCACAAGGAUUUGGGGGUCUCAAACGUAAAUCCUUGUACUUCUCUAACUACUCUUCGGAUGAUCAAGAGCCAAAGAAAUAAAUGACAGAAAUGCUGCGGGGCUUGUGCAGAGUUUCAUGUGAUGUUAGUGGGGGACUGUUCAAUCGAGUGUGUAGAGAUGCCAUCUUUGCUUUGACAGGUUCAGGAGCUUCAUGUUUUAUGGACUAGUGAGUUAAAGUAGAAGAUGUUUGUGGGGUCCAUAGCUUACAGCAGGAAGUGGACGGUAUGCCUGUAAGCAACUUGUUCAGAUGUACAAGUGACUCCCCGAAUAAAAAGUGUGUGCACAUUAUCUUCC